GGGGGAGGGAAGGGAAAGACUCAAGGAUCAGAAGGAGAAAGAGGCAGACAAGAGACAACAACUAGGCUGACUGUGCCGCACGUGGGGGAACAUAGAGACCAUUGGACGAGUUUGGGAAGAACAAAAAUAAACAGACGAAAACUUUAUGGAAACGGAAAACUCUAAAACACUUAAUAGUUUUAGAAGAACAAAGAACUUUUCCUUGGAAACUAAGUAACCAGAGUAGGAAGAUAAUGAACACGGGAGAGGCAAUAGGAGAACAAAACCAGCAAGGUCCAUAGGUUGGAGGUGAUGUAAGGUGAGAAGGCUCAGCCCUAAAAGUUCUCCCACGAAUCAAGGAAAAGAGACAAUGGCCUCAGGUGGCAGCAACAUGCUGAUGUUCCUGGUCCUCACGUCCCUCUGUCUGCAGAGGGUCUUCCUGGAACAAAGUCGGGUUCUAGAGCAGAGGAAACCUUUUUUUGAACGUUUCAGGAGGUUGGAGGAACAGUUUCGCCGUUUUCAAGAGGUGACACUGACUCGUCUACAAGGGAUUGCUGAGAACUACAACAUCUCCUACAAUAUUGAUGCUCGCUUCAACCACAUUUAUGACCAGCAACGGUCAUUCGCACAAGCGAUCAAUGCCUCUAAUGAAAUGACUGAAAGGGAGUUAAAUGACAUCAAAGUCUGGUUGAAAAAGGUUCAGAAGAAAACCAAAAAGUUGGACUUAAAGAUCUCUGCCCUGGAGCAAGCCAUGGCUGAUAGGAACAAGCAGAUGACCAAAGAAAACAAAGCCAGGGAUGUUGCAAUAGCCAACCUGACCUCGGCCCUCAGCAGCCAGAGAAGGAUCAUUUACCAACUGGUGAAAGACAAGAGUGAGUUGCAGAAGGGGAUGGAGAUGUUUCGGGAGUCUGUGGAGAGGCAGGGAGGCAAAAUUGCUGAUUUAGAGAAGCGGUUACAAAGUAUGGAGCAGAAUGAGAUUCUACCACUGAGAUCCUUGACAUCAGCUCAGGAGCUCAAUCGGACCCCUGAGAGUAAGCAACUGGUGUCUCCAGAAAAUGACCCUGAGCCGAUUACUGUCCAGCAGCGUAUGGUCAAGCUGCAGGCCAAGCAUAACCAGAGAAAGAAGCUGCUGGAAGAACAGCAGCUGCUUAUACCACCCAAAAAUAAAAUGUCUCACAUGUCUGCUCCACAUAGAGAAGAGACCAGGAGCAUAAACCCAUCAGAACAGAAGAGAUCUGACAUACAAACUAUGAGUACAUCAACAACCAUAACAGAGGUUCCACCACGCAACCACAGAACUAACAUUCACCUGGGAAAGUCUGUCCCUGGCACAGGUUAUAUUCCACAGAUAUCAGCUCUUCUUGGAAAUGUGACAAGAGACACCAGCCCGCCAAUAGCAAAAAUACCCUAUCUGCAAACAAAUAUGAAGCCACCACAUAACACAAGCCUCCCAAAACACCAAGUGGAGAGCACCAAAGAACCAGCCACAAUAUGUAAUGUGGAUGCCAUGUUGAUUUUCCCCAACUCUUCCACUGAAAACUUUGCUACCUUCAGCAAAGGACUGAGGGAAGCGUUGCAUGAACUGUCCAUCUGCACCUGGGUAAAGACCGGCGUUGGAUACCUGGGUACUAUCCUUUCAUAUGCAACAGAAGAGAAUGACAACAAGCUUGUUCUCCACGGCAGGAAUGGUGCAGCCUACGACUCUCUCCACUUUGUCAUCGGAGAUCCAGCCUUCCGGGAACUGCCAGUUCUGCCCUUUGUGGACGGCAGCUGGCAUCACACUUGCUUCAUCUGGUCCUCCAUCCAGGGCAAGUACUGGUUCUAUGUUGACCGUAGGUUAAUGUCUACUGGUUCCAGAUUUCAGAAAGGCUAUGAGAUCCCUCCUGGAGGAUCACUGGUUCUUGGGCAGGAACAAGACACCUUAGGUGGUGGAUUUGAUUCCUCUGAGGCUUUCGUGGGUCAUCUGGCAGGUUUUGCAAUGUGGAAUCGGGCUUUGUCACCAGGAGAAGUCUCUGGCAUUGCCACAGGGAGAGGAUUGCCUAGAGGUACCAUCUUAACACUGGCAGAUGCCACUUCCCUUCAUGGUUCGGUGCAGAGAGUGAACUGUACCUGCCUGGAGCACUGCCUGUAGACUACCAUGAAAUAUAUUUUGUAAAUAGAUGAUAAUACUGCUUCCAUAUUGGACAAUUGCUGGAUGACUUGGAAUGUUACUGACUGAAACAUACAGGCCGUCAUACAGAUAAUUAUAUAGACCUUAUCAACUGUCAGAUGACCAAUACCUGUUGUUGUUGUUUUAUUAAUAAUACAUUAUUUAUCUUGCUGAAUUAUAAGUCAAAAUGCAUACAGUAUACAAGAGCAAGCCACUCCAGUUUCUGUAUUCUUAGCAUGUGCAAGUAGGUGGCGCUGUAGUUCUUCUACCAUUCUUCCAUGAUUUAUUGGACAACAUGGCUUCAACAUUGUUUUUGGACAUUGUGCAGUGCACGUGUCUGUUUUUUAACAAUUGAUAUGUGUGUAUGGAAUUUAUUAUGUACAUUUAUGUACAUUAUGCAUUUGCAUUAACUAUAUAUAUAUAUAUAUAUAUAUAUAUAUAUACAUAUAUAUAAUGGUGUUCCUUCUUGUCCUAGGGCUAGCUAGGGCUAGGACUAUGUGGGUUUAGCAUUAUGUUCACAGUGGCGUUAGUCUACCAGGUCGUAUUUCAUUAUAUUCAACAUUUCAUGUUAAUUAUUGUUAUAUACAUAAACAAAUAAAAAAAUAAUAUGGCUAUACCUUCCAGUACAAAAUUAUACUAUUAGCUGAUAACCUAUACUGUAGAAUAUGUCAUAUAUAUAAGAAGUCACUUUUGAUAGCCAUGACCCCUAUUUCUGGCAAUAAGGCUUUUUUUAUUUAAUAUGACAAUGAGAAGUAUUGCUGCAGAAGAUGAGACGUCCCCAGCUGUUCUGGCAUGGAGCGUUAAGACUUAACUUACUGCUUUGCCACGCCAGUCUAGUCUACGACUGUACAAAAAUAGCUAAAUGUUAUUUUUUAAAAAGUUACACAUUAGUGAAAGAAUAAACCUUAUUAUUAUUAUUAAUAAUCCAUUAUCGCCAACCAGAGAUGAUCACCACUGGAGGUGAUUAUUACACCAGGAAGCCUUUCAUAUGUUGGGUGUUAUCAUCUGUGAAAACUUAAUCUUUGUCUUCAUAAAUCACCUCCUGUGUCACAGAAUUCAGUGGCUUCUAAUACCUUAACAAUCUACAGUAUAGUAAAUAUUAUCAACUACAUUUUAAAAGUAUACAAUGUCAAGCAUAUUUGGUUGAGCUGUGCGGCUGGUGCUUACAUACACACUUAAAAAAAUGAUAGGGAGAGUCUUGACCACAAGAGCUUGCAAUCUAAAAGAUAGGCAUCCUAUGUUGCUAUAUGCAAGUGUGAUCAUCAUAUGUUCAUAUUGACUUUAUGUCACAUUACGUAUAUCUGAAUAGCAACAUCUGCUUCUCGAUAAUUUCCUGUAUCUUUGUAUACUGUGUAAUGCCAUAUACUGUAGGAAUAAAGCGGAGGCAAAAAGUA